AUGAGUUUUUCCACUGCCAUUGCCCGGAGUCACGUCCGGCCAUGGUCCUCAUCCUCAUCCUCAUUGCACAUGGCCGCGGCCACAGGCACAACUACCGCCAACGCCAAUGCUAACGCUCACGCUGCAGCCUCGGUCGGUACCGCGACGCCGGCAAGACGAACACGAAUAGGGAGCGUUCCUAUUGGAAAGUUAAAAUCGCGGGGUCUAAAUUUGUCCCGACAUCUCUUGCACCCCUCGUCCCCCACGUUGCGAUCACGAUCACGACCACGAUCACCGUCACUGUUACCGUCGCUGUUAGCCUCGACCUCGAUCCCGAGAACUACCUUGAGUUUUACCUCUGCAUUUUCAUCUUCAUCUUCAUCCUCAAUUCCCCAGAUCGCGGUCGUCACAUCGUCGCUCUCGCAGAGGAGGCUCUUUUCCAGCACCCCAUCCCCGUUCGCCAUGACCGCAACCAAGAUCAAUGGCACCGCCAUUGCAAAAAGUGUUCGUGAGAGCGUACGUGCGCAAAUCGAGGCUUCGCAAAAGAUAAAUCCCAGAUACAAGCCUUCCUUCAGGAUUAUUCAGGUUGGUGGAGUGUCGGAGUCCUCAACAUAUGUUCGCAUGAAGCUAAAGGCUGCUAUAGAGGCAAACAUUGACUGCGAACUUGUCCAAUUUCCCGACACCGUCACCGAGGCCGAGCUUAUCGAUCAAAUCAUCCGCAUGAAUGAAGACGAUGCAAUCCACGGAAUUAUUGUCCAGCUACCCCUCCCCGAAAAUAUCGACGAUGGCAAAGUCACCUCGGCCAUUGCAGAUGAGAAGGAUGUGGAUGGCUUCAGCACAUUCAAUGUCGGCGAGCUGGCAAAGCGCUACGGACACCCUUUCUUUCUCCCAUGCACGCCUAAAGGUGUGAUGCUCCUACUCGAACAGAGCGGCGUAGAUCUCAAGGGUAAAAAUGCCGUGGUUCUCGGACGCAGCGACCUUGUAGGCGUUCCCGUCAGCCAUCUCCUCCUAAAAGCCGACGCCACAGUUACCAUGUGCCACUCGCGGACGGCGAAUGUCGAGAACCAUAUAAGACAAGCAGAUGUGGUCAUCGUCGCAAUUGGACAGCCAAACUAUGUCAAGGGCGAGUGGCUGAAGCCUGGCGCCGUGGUAAUUGACGUUGGAACUACCUACAUUCCCGAUGACACCAAAAAGUCGGGCGUAAGACUAGUUGGUGAUGUCCAUUUUGAGUCAGCCUCAGAAGUCGCCUCUCAAAUCACGCCUGUCCCAGGUGGGGUUGGCCCAAUGACUGUUGCCAUGCUCCUGCAAAAUGUAGUCGAUUCCGCUACAAUGUACUUCGAAAGAGAGAGGGUUAGGCAGAUCGUACCUCUACCGCUGAAGCUUAAGGACCCCGUUCCUUCGGAUAUCGCAGUUUCUCGGGCACAACACCCGAAGCAAAUAACUCGCAUUGCCCAAGAGGUUGGGAUCGAAGGGCAUGAGCUCGAGCCAUAUGGUGCGCACAAGGCUAAGGUGGAACUGGAUGUUCUCAAGCGUCUCCAACAUCGUCGCAAUGGCCGGUACGUAGUGGUUACAGGAAUCACUCCAACUCCGCUCGGCGAAGGAAAGUCUACAACCACCAUGGGUAUUGCCCAAGCUAUUGGAGCUCAUCUGAACCGCCUUGCUUUCGCAAAUGUUCGUCAGCCCAGUCAAGGGCCGACCUUUGGGAUCAAGGGUGGUGCUGCUGGGGGUGGUUACAGUCAGGUCAUUCCCAUGGAUGAAUUCAAUCUCCAUCUCACUGGUGACAUCCACGCCAUUACUGCUGCGAACAACCUGCUCGCCGCAGCGAUUGAAACCAGGAUGUUCCAUGAGAAUACCCAGAAAGAUGCCGCCUUAUAUAAACGUCUUGUGCCUGCAAAGAAAGGCAAGCGAGAGUUCCAACCUAUUAUGUUCCGCCGUUUGAACAAGCUUGGGAUUACGAAGACAAAUCCCGAUGAGCUCACAGAGGAUGAAAUUAAUCGCUUUGCAAGAUUGGAUAUCGACCCCGCGACCAUAACCUGGAGGCGAGUACUAGACGUCAACGAUCGCCAUCUGAGGGGUAUCACUGUCGGCACUGCCCCAACUGAAAAGGGCCAAACCCGAGAGACAGGGUUUGACAUCUCCGUGGCUAGCGAGUGUAUGGCUAUUCUUGCUCUGAGCAACAGUCUUGAUGAUAUGAGAGAAAGAUUGGGCAGGAUGGUCAUCGGAUCAUCGAGGCGUGGUGAACCGGUCACUUGCGACGAUAUUGGCGCGGGUGGCGCCCUCACGGCACUGAUGAAAGAUGCGAUUAAACCAACCCUUAUGCAGACCCUGGAGGGAACUCCAGUUUUCGUUCAUGCUGGUCCUUUUGCAAACAUCAGCAUUGGUGCUAGCUCUGUGCUGGCUGACAAGAUUGCCUUGAAGCUUGCUGGAACUGAGGCUGAUGAGAACCACAACGAGAAGACUGGAUUCGUCGUCACCGAGGCUGGAUUUGAUUUCACCAUGGGAGGCGAGCGAUUCUUCAACAUCAAGUGCCGCUCCUCAGGCCUUGUCCCGGAUGUUGUUGUCAUCGUAGCAACCGUUCGAGCACUGAAGGUUCAUGGUGGUGGACCUCCAAUUGCCCCUGGUGCUGCACUUCAGCAAGUAUAUCGUGAGGAGAAUGUGGAACUUCUUCGACAUGGUUGCGUCAACCUUAAGAAACAAAUUGCGAAUGCUAGACAAUAUGGCGUACCUGUCGUAGUUGCUAUCAACAGAUUCGAAACCGACACCCCCGCCGAGCUCGAGGUCAUCCGGGCAGAGGCGAUUGCUGCUGGUGCCGAAGAUGCCAUCCCGGCAAACCACUGGGCCGAAGGUGGAAAGGGCGCUGUUGACCUCGCUAAGGGUGUCAUCGCCGCGAGUGAGAAGGAGAAGAACUUCGACUUCCUUUACAGUCUCGAGGGAGAUGUUCAGACUCGCAUUGAGGCAAUUGCAAAAAUCAUGUAUGGUGCUGAAAAGGUCGUAUUCAGCGAACUCGCACAGAAGAAGGUGGAUACCUAUAUCAAGCAAGGUUUCGGCAACCUUCCAAUCUGCAUUGCCAAAACCCAAUAUUCGCUAUCUCACGACCCGGACCUCAAGGGUGCGCCGACUGGGUUUACCGUGCCUAUCAGGGAUGUGCGGUUAGCUGCUGGUGCCGGAUAUCUAUACGCAUUAGCAGCCGAUAUCCAGACCAUCCCCGGUCUGCCUACUGCUCCUGGAUAUCUCAACGUCGACGUCGACACUGAGACCGGAGAGAUCGACGGGUUAUUUUAA